AUGGUCAGGCAGUUUAAUGCUGACAACAAGCACUUGCACUCUCUACGGCAGCAUGUAGUCCAAUACCUUAAAGACUCUCAGCCUGUCAUAGGAAAGCAUGCGUCCUUUGGUAUACCAAGGCUCCUUGCAUCAGUUGGCAACGGCGCCUUUGAAGGAAACAGAGCGCAAUUUGCUGAAUGGUGGAUCAAGCUCCAAAUUUGGGUCAAGGCAAACUGGGAUGCAUUUGCCGAUGAUUUUGAGGUAGCAACUGUAGUGCUAUCUCAACUAAAGGGACCUGUAGUGGGUCAAUACGCCCAAGCUGAGCGUGACUGGGCUUGCCAACAAAUCUGUUCCUUCAAACAAGGAAACAUGAAGACAGAUGAUUAUGUUACCCGGUUCCUGGCCCUCUCCAUCCAAGGAGGGCUUGGCAAUGAACAUGCAGUAGAACUGCUGGAGCGCAAUGUGAACCCCCGCAUUACAGAACAGAUCUACUUGCAGAAUACAAGAAGCGAGAACCUGGCCCUAGCAGCUGAGGAAGUACGACGAGUUGGUAGAGCCAUGGAGCUCUAUGCUAUGCACCAAGUGUGA